AUGACGAGAAGACCUGCCACGGAGAAGCCGAGGAUUGCAUCGAAGACGGUGCCUAUCCUGCCCAAAUCUCACCAACAGCAGACCAAUAUCGAAUCUUUAAUCCUCACUAGGUCAGGGUCAUCAGCAUUUGACCCCUUCACACAACAUCCUCCGUCACUUGAACCCGACAUAAACCUCCUCAUGGGGACAUAUUUCUCCUCCCACAUCUUCAACGUCUUCCCGUACUACCCCACUCCGACUCUCAACCCCGUGGUCGAAUUUUUCGCCCCCUUGAUAACAAAGGAUACAGCGCUGUUCCACGUCACGCUACUAGUCAGCGCCUUUCGGCUGGAACAGCACUUGCCGCCGAAGGAACGAGUGAGGUGCAUACGGCUCUCUAAGAUCUGCAUGGCCCUGAUACAAAACAGGAUCAACGAACCGUUUCCGGACUGUGUCUCGGACGAAACUUUGGCGGCCGUCGCAGGAAUUGCGGUAAUCGAGCAUGAAAAGGGCAGUCUACGCCUCUCCCGUAUUCAUGUGACCGGGCUGAAACAGAUGGUUGAGGUCCGAGGCGGUUUAGAAGCAAUUCGCAUCUCAAACCCGACCGUCGCAAAUAUGCUCUUUUGCAUCUUCGUCGCCACGGCUGAUGUCGAGUUCUCAUCCUGCGACGCACAGACAAUCGUGCAGCGCCCCCCAUGGUUCUACCAAAGCCUGCGAGUGGACCAGUCUCUCCUCCGCCCUGGUGCUGGUGUAGAGCUCCCGAACCCGAGUCCAAUAGAUUUCCAGGCACACGGCGUGUUGACGGAGUAUUCUGAGCUCAUGCUGAACAUCCGCAUGCUCGCCACGACCUAUCAGACCGCGCAGGACUGCAGCUCCGCCCAAGAAUACCAAGAGGUGUUGACAUUCCUAUGCGCCACCUUGCAGCGUCUGCUCACCUUACCGGUCCCAGACCCGCUGUUGGGCAGCUAUGAGGGGACCAUCACAGCAGCAUGUCGCCACGCCCUGAUCAUCCACGUCUUCGCCCAGUGGUGUGGCCACCAGCCCGACCCGUCUCUCCUGGUGAGCACCGCCCAGCACAACCUGCUCACUACGCUCCGCCCCUUGACCAAAAACGGUGGAGUCAAUACGAAAUUAGUCCUGUGGCUCCUUUCCGUCGGCGGUACCUGUCCCUUCGGGCCGGCACAGCACAAAUGGUUCAUAAACCAACUUGCAGACACGGCCGCAGAUUUGGGGAUCCGUUCCUGGGAAGCCAUGAAGGCAAGCCUCAAACAGGUCAUAUGGCAUGAGUAUCAGGAUGACAAACAACACAGGGAGGUGUGGGACGAGGUAGUUGCCUUCAGGGAGGGAGGAACUUUUCCCUUCUCGGAGAUGGUCUAUCCUGCACCGAAUGGUGUGUGA